UUUCAGUUCUACCGACCAAAACCUUGGAAUCCACCAAUUUCACCGAAACUUAGUAAAAAAAAAUCUAUUCGAAAGAUUUUCCUGCAAAAUUGUUAAGUGGUAUAUCGGUCAAUUUAUCCGUAGUCCCCCGUUUGGUUAUCUGGUUACUACAAAUCCAAUAACGCCUUCCGUAUUUAUCCUUCUCAGUUCACAUUUUUUGCCUUGCAUUACGGCAUACUUAAAAAAGAGCUUCGUUUUUAUCUCCUCUCACAAGAAAAUGGCUGAGAAUCUGAUGCAUGCAAUUCAAUAUAGUAGUUAUGGCGGAGGAGCUGCUGGUUUGAAGCAUGUUGAAGUUCCGGUUCCCACUCCAAAAAAAGAUGAAGUUUUGCUAAAACUGGAGGCAACUAGUCUAAAUCCAGUUGACUGGAAGAUGCAGAAAGGGAUGCUGCGCCCACUUUUUCCUCGCAAAUUCCCCUACAUACCUGGUACUGAUGUAGCAGGAGAAGUCAUAAAGAUUGGAUCCGCAGUCAAGAAUUAUAAAGCUGGGGAUAAAGUUGUGGCUCUACUUAGCCAUUCUAGUGGAGGUGGACUAGCUGAAUUUGCUGUGGCUAAGGAAAGUUUGACAGUUGCAAGGACUCCAGAAGUAUCGGCUGCUGAAGGUGCAGGUUUGCCCGUUGCUGGUCUCACAGCUUACCAGGCACUCAACCAGUUUGCUGGGGUCAAGCUUGAUGGAAGUGGCCAACAAGUAAACCUCCUGAUUACUGCUGCUUCAGGUGGCGUAGGUCAAUAUGCACUUCAACUGGCAAAGCUUGGAAACACACAUGUAACAGCCACUUGUGGGGCUCGUAACAUGGAUUUAGUCAAGAGCCUGGGGGCCGAUGAGGUUCUUGACUACAAGACUCCUGAUGGUGCAGCUCUGAAGAGCCCUUCUGGUCGCAAAUACGAUGCAGUAAUCCACUGUGCAACGGGCAUUCCUUGGUCUACCUUUGAGCCUAAUUUGAGUGCAAAGGGGAAGGUAAUAGAUAUUACUCCUGAUGCAAGUGCUGUGAUGACUUUUGUUCUGAAAAUGCUUACCUUCUCCAAUAAGCGGCUGGUACCACUGCUUAUGAUACCUAAGAGGAAGAACCUUGAUUAUCUUGUUAAGUUGGUGAAAGAAGGCAAGAUUAAGACAGUAAUUGAUUCAAAGCAUCUUCUAAGUAGGGCUGAAGACGCAUGGGCCAAGAGCAUUGAUGGCCAUGCCACUGGGAAGAUUAUUGUGGAGCCUUAGUUCAUGGAGAUUACUUGAUACUUGCAGUAGAUGUUUAUAUUCAUAAGCACUCAGUACUUUGAACAAUGCAAAUGUUGUUGUGAGUUUUUCUCGUAUCUUUUGCUUGAAAUUGAUUGAGAUCACGGCCUG